UCAGUUUUGAUAGUGAGUUCGGCAUAACAACACAUAACAUUCCCAUUCUCUCCACAAACUUAAAACUAAAACAAUUUUGUCAUAAUAUAUUUUAUUACGGGCUUUGAAAAAAACCCUUUUUCGAAAUUACAAUUUGUGAAAACCGAUGAAUUUAGUGCGCCGGCAGCCUCGGCUGCUGUGGAAACAGGGUGCUUGGGCUUUAAGGUAUCACGUGAUUACCAAGAAUGUGCCCAAACCCGUUUCCAAUCUUGCGGCGGCUAUGUCCACAGCAGCGUUACCCGGACCAGCGCUGGCUGCCGCCGUCUCAGUAUCCGCAAUAUCCGUGGUAUCCGUGGUAUCCCAGUCCUCCCAGUCCAGUGCUCAAGGAGGAGGACAAAGAAGAGAAGGAGGAUCAGCCACCAGAGGAUCAGCCACCGGAGGAUCAGCCACCGGAGGAUCAGCCACCGGAGGAUCAGCCACCAGAGGAUCAGCAACCGGAGGAUCAGCCACCGGAGGAUCAGCCCCCAGAGGAACAGCCCCAAGAAGACAAUACUCCGGAGCAGCAGGAGCAGGAGCCACCGCCGAGUCCGGAGGAGCAGCCACCGGGAAGCCACCUGGGAGCAGUGCCCCUCCGCCACCACCACCUCCUGCAUCUUUACCACCAGCACCAAAAUCAUCUCCACCGCCGCCUCCAAAAGAAACCAAAUCCUCAAAUCCCAGAAUGAAGUCCUUCGAGAUCUACCGCUGGAAGCCAGGUGAACAGCCUCAGACCCAGACCUAUAGUAUAGAUCUGGAGAAGUGCGGUUCUAUGGUGCUGGAUGCCCUGAUUAAGAUCAAGAACGAGAUCGAUCCGACUCUCACCUUCAGACGUUCCUGUCGCGAGGGCAUCUGUGGAUCGUGUGCCAUGAACAUUAAUGGCACCAAUACCUUGGCCUGCGUCUCUCAUAUUGACCAGAAUGAGAGUACAUGCUGUCGUAUCUAUCCACUGCCUCAUCUGUAUGUAGUCCGGGAUUUGGUCCCAGAUAUGAGCCAAUUCUAUGAGCAGUAUCGCUCCAUCCAGCCGUGGCUGCAGCGCAAGGAUCUCAAGCGAGAAGCUGGAUCGGCUCAAUAUCUGCAGUCCAUGGAUGAUCGCCAGGUGCUGGAUGGUCUGUACGAAUGUAUCCUGUGUGCCUGCUGCCAAACAUCUUGUCCAUCUUACUGGUGGAAUAGCAAUAAGUACUUGGGUCCAGCUGUUCUCAUGCAGGCCUAUCGUUGGGUCAUCGAUUCCAGGGAUGAGGCUACAAAACAAAGAUUAGAUUUCCUCAAGGAUCCCUGGAAGCUGUAUCGUUGCCAUUCGAUUAUGAACUGUACGAAUACCUGUCCCAAGCAUCUGAAUCCAGCACGGGCCAUCAUUCAGCUGAAGCAGCUCCUGGUGGGUUUAAAGAAAAAAGAGAAGCCACAGUUGAAUACGGAUGCACUUUUCAAGGCAAAGGCCUAGGAGUUACACUAGAAAAUUCGACAUAACGUUAAUGGGAAAUGUAGUUAAUACGCUCCCGAACAUUAUAAUAUUUAACUAAUCUUACUAAGGAUAUUAGAAAAUUACACUAAGCUAUCUACUCUGUACACUUUCCAAACAUGAACACAUGAUAAUACACAGGACUUUAUGGACUUUACGAUGAUCGUAAACUGAGGAUAUAAUAAUGUAAUGAUAUAUAGGGAUUGGAAAUAAAAACGAGUAACGGGUAUAAAAACUAUA